GACACAGUAUACGUCGCGUUUGCGUCAUCAUACCGUGAACAGCGCUCAAACGGGGAGGACGUGGGAUGAACAAGUGUGCAGUGCAUUAUUAGAAACAUUGUUUUAUUUUUUUCAAAUGUUUCUAAUAUCGGAAUUAUAAAGUACAAAGUAUUAGGAUAGGGUUCAAGAAAUAAACGUCGCCAUCAUGGCGUCGGACGAACAAUUUUCAUUAUGUUGGAACAAUUUCCACGCAAAUAUGUCAGCAGGCUUUCAUGGCCUGCUGUCGCGUGGAGAUUUAGUAGAUGUCACAUUAGCUGCCGAAGGCAGGCUAUUGCAGGCACACAAAUUAGUUCUAUCAGUAUGUUCUCCCUACUUCCAGGAGAUGUUCAAAAUGAACCCAACUCAGCAUCCAAUAGUAUUUUUAAAAGAUGUUAGUCAUUCAGCGUUAAGGGACUUAUUACAGUUUAUGUACCAAGGUGAAGUUAAUGUUAAGCAAGAAGAGUUAGCGUCGUUUAUUAGUACCGCGGAACAGCUUCAAGUGAAAGGUUUAACCGGUAAUCAAAAUGAAGAAAGUUCCACGCCAUCCAAACCAAAGCCGACCUCAAGGCCAGGCCCGAGGUCGUCACAACAAAGGCAAUCUGUUAUGACUAAGUUAGAGACUGAUUUAGAUUCUAAGCCCUCCUCAACUCCAGUAGCAAUUAAGCGACCAAAUAGGCCAUCAAUAGCAUCAAACAAUUCGUCAUCUUCACAAUCUGGACCUGUGAAACGAAAAUGUGUGGACCCAUUAGAAGCCGGACCAUCUGGAUCAGCAAAAGAAGAAUUUGUUACGAUACCCGAUGAAGAUGAAAACAACGCUGUGGCACCCAAAAUGGAACCCGAAUUUGUUAACGAAAGUAUGUGGGAUGAUGACGAUGAUGGGACGAAUAAUGAUGAAACAAAUUUCGGCGAAGAUGACUCUAAUAUGGAAAUGACUGGAUUCGAUGGCUCAACGACUGGCGAUGGCAAUUUGACUGGUGGUGCGGAAGGUGGAGCAGUAGGUGAUGCGCAAGGUUGGUUCUACAUCCGAUCAGCGCGAGGCGGACUGCACCUGGUCGCUGAGGGUCAUAUAUUCUACGAAGAUGGCGGUUCUCACCCACGCAGGGUAACCUGGCGCUGUGCCCGUUCCUACCAGAAAGCGGAACGCUGUCAGGUGGCGCUGUGCCUGAGGGAUGGAAGACUAGUCUACUUCAGGGGCUCGCAUAAUCAUCCGCCGACGUAUAACCCUUCGAAGCACGAGUCUCGGAAGUUCGAAGUGGAUCCGAUGGGCAAGUACAAGAUAGUGGCGCACGCGCCGCGGCCGGCCGUGGUGACGGUGCCGGCGCCGCUGGUGCCGCCGCCGCCGGCCGCGAUGCUGCUCUAGGCCUGGCGCGACCUCCUGGUGCGCGGUCUUCUUGAUUCCCGGCAGUGACCGCACACUUGGAGCGUCGCACACUUAAAACUGGUCCAAACUAGGUUUGAGGGUUACAGUGACGCCCUAAUUCGUGAUGCCUUGCAGGUUAAUAAGAAAUCCUCUGAUGACGUAUUGUAACGACAUCGUGACUAAAGUUUAUUAUCGGGGUCCUAUCAAUCUAACAUCCAUUUUUCACUAUUUGUCCGAUGUAUAAUGCUCAUUUAUUAUACUGCAUGGUAUCAACGGAUACGGGGAAGUUUUGACAGUAUAUAAAAAGUGAUCAUAACCCAUUUUGAUUGGACUUUACAUCCACGUAAAUAAACACUGGUUAACGUAAAUGCAUUGUAUAAUGUAGAUUGUUGCGUUUGUACGUAUACGUUUAGACUGAUACUUUAUAUUGUUAAUUAUGCCAAAGGUCAUGAUUUUCUUUUAUUGUUAGUUUUAAGUCAUUCUUAAUUAGUAUGCUUAUAUUUGGAAUUAUCUUUAAAUCACAUAUAAUUAAUAUCUUCCAAACAAAGUAGGUUUUAAGAGGGGAUAAACUACUAUUAUAUUUAUUUAUUUUCGUAGGUCGGUUGGGCAGAUGUUUGAGAAUUGCCUGUUAAUGACUGUAGAUGAAUGUCGAGCGCUAGUGUAACUAGUUAGGGUUCAUCGAAGCCUUAAAGUCUCAAGCCGUACUAUAGAAGGCUUCUCUUUACCUUUACGAUUUGAGUCUUUGAGACUCAGUCGAGCUCUAACUCACAAGAUUAUCGAGCGCAGUUAGUAGCGAUAUGAUAUGAAGCUUUGGAAGUCGACGUCGGGAAGAGAUCCCUCGUAACGCUUUAAGGUCGCCUUGUACCAAUGCCUUAGCGGCUAAAUUAUAUAAGACGCGACAAUGACUAUAAUAAUUAUACUCAUUGAUAUCGUCGAUGUGCAAUAUUCUCUUAACAGUUUAGAAAUUAUGUAUACAAAGUGUAUAGCUUUAAGUCUAGCGUAGCCGUCUUGUUGAAGCUUUUUAUAAAAUUCUAUUUAUUGACCGCGGCGUAGAGUGCGGGUUGACUGAUCCACGAUGUUACGGAAAACUCCAAUAUUUAUGACGAGUGUGUAGCGUUUCAUGUUGCAUCAUUGCACACAUUUCUGUAUAUUUUUGGUGUUAGGGUUGAAACUAAUAUAUAUUUUGGCUAUUAUUAUUUAAAAUAAAACCAUAUUAGUUGUCUUUCUUAUCAUUAAAUACAAUUUUGAUCAUAAUAUUAUUUAUAGGAAGGGAUCGGCCGUUGCUGAGUGUUUAUGGCCGAGAGUAUACGAGACAGUUUAGUACAUAGUACCUAUGUACGAGCCAAACAAGUUAUCCCUUGUCAUAAUAUUUUGCCUUGUUUAUUAUAUGUUCAUGAUAUAAGGUAUUUCGACGUCUGACUAUUUAGUCAAAUUUUCCUAAUUUUGUGACAAGUGUUAUAUUAUAUAACAUAUUAAAUAUAGUAAGUACAUAUAUGAAACGCUACUCACCGAUUUAUAACACGUAUUUAGAUGUAGUGUAGUGUAGGUACCGUAGGUGAAACUACAGACAUGUAUCUGCUUAUGAUUAUUAAUAAUGAGCGAUAGUUUUUAUAUUAGAGUCUUAUGAAUACCUAUUUAAUAGUGUAAUAAUACAGAGUACGGUUUGCGUAGCGAGAGGCAACUUCAGGUUUAGUCACAAAAGUACAACAUCCGAUUUCAACAUUAUGUUCUUAACUCUGGGCUCGACCAGUUUUGUCUUGUUGGGAAUAUAUAUGUAUGUUAUCUUGUAGGGGGCAAAUUUUCUUACAGAAUUUCAUAAGACAAUACAUAUGUCGGUAAUAUUUUUUGGAAACAAAAAAUAGCAGAUAUAUUAAAUACAUUUAAACGGGUCACUAACGUAUUUUAAGUCGAAAAUUGCUCGACAUGUUUCACUCCGUUUUAAUAUUUUCAAUAUGUCUGUGUUUCACGGAAGUUGUGUUAUUAAAAAAUAGCAGCUUCUGCAAAAAUAACGACGCUAUGGAUGGACUCAAAAUAUCUUGACACUGAUUCUUCAUCAACUUACUUGGUGUUUAGGUGUUUUUGAACGCGUUCGUUUUGCUGUGUUUCAGUUACUUGUGUACUACUGAGCAUACAUUUGCGCAAAUCAUAAAAAGGUGUUCAUUGACUUGUAACAUUAUAGCCGCAGUGCAACAUAUAUAUUUUUCAAUUUAGUUAUUAAGUUAAAAUGUAUUAAUAAUAUAGAAACAAGUCUAUCUUAUUUACCAAAACCAAUACUUAAUUAUACAUUUACGAUAAUAAUAUUAUUUAUCUUGAUCUGAGUCAUUUGUGAAUCUAGUUUCCUUAGCCGUAUUUUUUAUUUGAUAAACAUGUUUAUCCAG